CAUGAAGGAAGCAAACAUGGCUUUCCCUGUGAGUAUGGGGGCUCUGCUUCAGGCAGACCUCCAGGAGGACACUGCGUACCGGGACGACGGCCUGUGUGUGGUCGGUAUCUUCGGUAAAAGCAACAUGCAGCCCGGACCGCCGAAGGAGUCCAUUAUCAACAACUUGGCGGACAAACACAUCUUCUCGCUGUUCGGCGGACCGGAGGACGGCGGCACCGCGGACAGCCACAUCCAGGCUUUCUACAGCCAGGAGAGCCGGGUGCUCUACCUGCUGCUCUCCUCCGUGUGUGACAGCAGGCAGCUGCUGCGGGCCUGCGAGUCUCUGAGCGCCGGUACCGGCCACUCUGACGCCCACGAAGUGUGGAAAGGCCUGGACAGACAGCACUGCCUCCACCUGCUCUACAUGUUCUCCGUGUGUCACGUCCUGCUGCUCGUCCACCCCAACCAGACCUUCGAUGUGACAUACGACCGGCUCUUCAGAGCCCUGGACGCGCUGAGACAGAAGGUCCUGCCCCUGAUCCGAGCUGCCAUCAAGGACUGUCCGGUGUCCAAAGAGUGGAAAGUGAACUGUCGGCCCUGCCCUCCAAGACUGCUCUUCGUCUUCCAGAUGAACUGCUCUCUGAAGCUCUCUGGUAAUGGCUCAGAGUCUGGAGGAAACCCAGACAAGCCCAAAAAGCACUCUCCCAGGAGGAGACUACAGCACGCCCUGGAGGACCAAAUUUAUCGCAUCUUCCGUAAAAGCAGAGUCCUGACCAACCAAAGCAGCAACUGCUUGUUCACUGUUCCUGCCAACCAGGCGUUUGUGUACGUGAUACCAGCAGUCGACGAGGAUCCUGUGGGUGCCUUGCUUGGUCAGCUGCGGUCCAACUGCAUCUUGGUCGAACAAGACUCCACCACGGUGGUUUCCGGACCGAGGCGUUAUCAGCAGAUGCGACGUUCGGCUCGGCAGUCUGUCGGCAGCGGAGACUCAGCCAGCAUGUCAAUGGGGGGUCAGCUGGUGGACUGCAGCUUGAAGGAAUUUCUCUGGCAGCAUGUCGAGCUGGUGCUGACCAAGAAAGGCUUUGACGACAGCGUUGGCCGCAACCCACAGCCCUCACACUUUGAGCUGCCAACCUACUCCAAAUGGGUCCAGGUCGCCUCUAGACUCCACCAAGUCCUAAUUAACAACACAGAUGAAGAAAUAGCCGAACUAGCAUCAAAAGUGCAAGGCCAGCUGAAGGUUCUGGAAGGUUUUCUCGAUGCUGACACAAAGUUCUCUGAGAACAGGUGUCAAAAAGCUCUGCCACUGGCUCACAGCGCUUACCAGUCCAACCUUCCCCAUAACUACACCACCACGGUGCACAAAAACCAGCUGGCGCAGGCUCUGCGAGUGUACAGCCAGCAUGCCCGAGGCGUUGCUUUCCAGCGCUACGCACUGCAGCUUCAUGAGGACUGCUACAAGUUCUGGAGCAACGGCCACCAGCUGUGUGAGGAGCGAAGCCUGACAGACCAACACUGUGUUCACAAGUUCCACCUACUGCCUCAGCCAGGAGAGAAGCCUGACAUGGAUCGCAAUCCACCCAUCCUGAACCACAACAGCAGGGGGCGCUCCACUAGCUCCUGUAACUGUGGCAGGAAACAGGCUCCUCGCGAGGAUCCGUUUGACAUCCAGGCUGCCAAUUAUGACUUCUACCAGAUGCUGGAGGAGAAAUGCUGCGGAAAGUUGGAGAGGAUCGAGUUUCCAGUGUUCCAGCCCAGCACUCCUGACCCAGCUCCAGCCUGCAACCAAGCUCAGCGACUCCCAAAUGAGGCCUCGGGGUCUGUCGACGCAGAAAGGCUGAAGGAGCCGAGCACUGCUCAGAGCCACACACCUGGAGACACCAGCCUCAGCCUGGCUCUCAGUCUGGGUCAGUCCACAGACAGUCUGGGGCCCUACGGAGACGGAGAUGGAACCGAAACCCAAGUUCAGCAAAAGAGGCCGAGCCUUGUUGACCGGCAGCCCUCCACAGUGGAGUACCUCCCGGGUAUGAUGCACUCCGGCUGCCCCAAGGGCCUGCUCCCCAAGUUCUCCAGCUGGUCGCUGGUCAAACUGGGGCCAGCCAAGUCAUACAACUGCCACACUGGUCUGGAACAGCCAGGCUUCCUCCCCGGCUCCUCCUUCCUCUUGCCAUGGGACUUGGUGAUUCGCUCUAGGUCGGAGGAGGAUACAGGACUGUCGGAGCCUUUGGAUGGAGGCACCUCCUCGUGGCCUGCCCCCAACAAGACCCUGGUGGGAAAGCGAGGGAGCACCGGAGGGCUGGGUAGGAGCCGCAGGAGGGAUGAUAUGGCUCGGAUGUUUGUGGGGUUUGAGUAUGAAGACAGUAGGGGAAGACGCUUCAUCAGCUGCGGGCCAGAUAAGAUAGUGAAGGUGCUGGGGCCAGGGGGCGCCAAAGAUCCUGCCACCAGAGUGCUCAACACCGACAUGCCGCUGUACAUCCCCUCCCCUUCACAGGGCCGCGGUCUGAAGCCACACUUUGCCCAGCUGGCUCGCCUUUUUAUUGUGGUGCCUGACGCCCCGCUGGAGGUCACUCUUAACCCACAGGUGCAGCCUGGUCCUCCUCCCUGCCCAGUUUUCCAUCCAGAGCAGACAGACCUGUUAUUGCCACCCGAUGGUCUUUGGGUUCUGCGAUUCCCUUAUUCCUACUCAACAGACCGCGGCCCCUGUUACCCUCCAAAAGAGAACCAGCCGCUCAACAACUACAAGGUGCUGCGAGGCAUCCUGAAGGCCACCACUGCCAACCCUCCACCACAGUGAACUUUUAAAGUGAGAGGGACUUCUUAUUUAUUUACACCUCCUGAUACAGGCUGAGGAUAUUUUUUAUUUGUCUGUCAGUGACCUUCAGAUCUUUUCACACUUCUUCAGGUUAAAAUCUGGCCUUGAACAACUAUGGGUAUCAGAAACGAGCUUUCACAGUCCCUUAACAUUGAAUUCCAUUUAUUUUGACGAUCUUAUGACCUUUCUUCCAAAACAUAAUUCAGACAAAUUUACCGAAAACUUUAAUGCUCCCAGGGGUAGUACACAUUCUGUAUUGUCAUCCAGACUUUAAAUUUUCCUUUUUUAGUAUUGUAUAGAAAGAUCAUUAGUAUGACAUUCGUUUGAACAUUUUUUGGGUAUCGGCGGGUGAAAUGCACAUUAUAGCCUCCAUCAUCCGUUAGCGGUACCAGUAUGCUUCUUCAGAAGCACUUGUCAAAUGGUUGAACAGCUUUGGAAACCGCCCAUUUCUGUAACUUUCAGCAGCUUAUGUCGUGGUUUAAGAAAAGCUCAGUUUAUCCCGUACACACUCAAACACCAAGCCAACAAUUUAAGGCUUACACACUCUUAGGGCUGUUUUGGAAAAGCUCCAUUUUAAGGGAAGAAAAAUUGCGCUUUAGUCUCGACAGAGGGCUGAAAUAGAGGGGAAAAGAUGUGUUUACAGAUUUAACCAGCUUGAUGUGGAAGUACUCAAGCACAUCCACAGUAGUGAACUAAAAUAGCCAUUAAAACAGAGGCUCACGUCGAAUGUCAGUGAUUAUGCUGAUCUGAAUGUGUAUUUUGCACCACAUUACUUUCCCUCUAAUUAGCAUCAUACGCAGUAUAUAAAGACUUAACUAAUGUAAUGUGGUUAUAUGCAGAUAUAAACACUUAUAAAUGUGUUUGUGAGCAACCAUAACUCCUCCCGUGAGCAGCCGUAAAUGUAUUAACAGAUAAUGAAUGAUGAUGAUUCAUGAGUGAAUCAUAAUAAUAGAAAUUUUGUCUUCUUUGGAGAAGUUAUCAUUGCUGUCCAGUAUUCUACAUUAAUAAAAAACAGGUUUAUAUCUGCAUAUAACUGCACUAUGGUGUGUUAUAAACCUUUAAUUAAAUGUUUGUAUACAGUUUAUGGAUACUAUACAGAGGGACUAUUCUGCAUCAUGUGUAGUACAGUGUCACAACAGGUAUAUCCUAACACUGAUUACAACUUAAACAGACAUACCUGAUACACUGGGUAGUGGAGUGGAUUUUUGUUUCUCUGUAAAUAAGCGUUAAUCACUCUAUUAUGUUAUUAUUAUCAUUAAGUAAAGGUGAAUACUAGAGCCGCAUCGAAUUUGUUAAUUAAUCUAUUAGUUGACCGAAAGAAAAUUAAGUGCCCACUGUUUUGAUAAUCAAUCAAGCAAAAAUUUUAAACGUGUUUGACUCCAGCUUCUUAUAUGUGAGAAUUUGCUGCUUUUCUUUGUCAUUUAUGAUCAUGAAUGAUUGGUGGUAAAACAAUAUGCAUUGCAUAUAUACAUUUAUUUCCCAAUAGGUGGUGUAGAACUCCUUCAUCUUGUUUAUACCACCUCAUCAUCAGUUGGUUGCGAUAAAUGACCUUUUUAAAGUUUUCACCAAAUUUAAAUGGACAAAAAGAUUAACCUGUUAAAGUCCCCGGUUUGAUAUAUUUACAAUUAGCUCAAAAUUCAGCUUUUAACUAACUAAGACUCCACUGCAUUUCCAAAUUAUCAGCUUUCUGUCAAAUUUAGAUUUUAAUUCAAAAUCCUUCUUAUUGAUUUAAGGCAUAAAAUAUACUAUAGAAUAACCCAUAAAAACUAACCCCAGAGCUACAGAAAGCAUGAUAAGACUGGCCAAGUAGUGACGAAUAAACUGAACUUCAUGUGUAAAAGUAUUUUAAAAAACUGACUAUAAACUAUUUCUCCUUUCCUAUAAAAAACACACUUGUUCCUCCGUUGUUCCCCACAGUCGUGCUUUCUUCCUCUGCCUCUAGUUUAAGCACCAGUAGGAAGUGAGAACUGCUUUACUGGUGCAUGAUUCAUACAAUGAAAUUAUACUGUAAGAUUGCUUUACUGCUGGAACAGAAAGAUCAAUGUGUACAAACAAGGAAAUCAAUUUGGGAUCUCAUAACCCAGAAACAAACACACACACACACACACACACACACACACACACACACACACACACACACACACACACACACACACACGGAGCCUUCAGGAAUGUGGGUAAUAACAAUGAGGUUAAUAACAAAGCUAAGAAGUGCGACUCAAGGUCAUAAAGUUUAACAACCUCUGGUCAAGAUUUAAAGAAACAUUCAGUGUGCACUGUGAGGAAGUGUAAAAAAUAAUAUUGUAAAAAUGUAUCUCUCU